AUGCCACCUCCGGCGACCACUACAGCCAUAUUCAUCUCGGCGAUAUUAGGGUUGACUCGGGCCGGUGCACUUCCCCGGCAGACUUCAACGGUCGACCAUCCCGAGCUUGACUUGGUGUCAUGGCCGCUGGCGCCUACAGCAGCGCCAAAUCUGCCAUACGAACUCCUGCAGCGCCAGGACUUUAACACGAUAUGCGGCUACAUCGGAGGCGACUCGGCACUUCCAGCGACGUGCUCGGCUGGUUCGCAUUGCGUUCUUGAUCAGGGCCAUGGGUUCAUUGGUUGCUGCCCGGAUAAUGGGCCUUGUACGGCGGGCGUGUACACCGGUUGUGUAGAUGUCAACAGUCCACCACAGACAGUAGUCAACCCGUACAUCUACACGUGUCGAGGCUCAGACGUCUGCUACAAGAAUGAAUUCGCAGGCGGCUACAACCAGUACGGAUGUGGCACGGCCUCCGACCUCGGUACCACGGUUCAGACCUCGAUUCAAGGCGCCACAACUGCUCUCGACCUGCCAGCGUCUAGUAUGCAGCUGACUCAGGAAGUGUCCUCAUUGUCAGAACCCACGACAAUUGGUUCUGCUAGCUCCAGUUCAGGGACGAGCACAAGAAGCACUGGCUCUUCGAGCAGCACCAGCAAGUCAGCAUCCAUAUCAUCCACAAAAACGCAAUCUUCAACAUCACAAACGAGCUCGAGUUCUACAGAGUCCGGGACAGGCGAGGCUGCUACAUCUCCCGUGGAAGACCCUCCUGCCGAGCACAGCAACAACAGAAACGCCGUGAUUAUCGGCGCGACGCUUGGCAGUGCGGCCGGCGUGGCACUGCUUGGUAUUGCUGCAUUCUUCAUCCUGAGGCAACGCAAGAAUUCUCGCGAAGGCCCAGGUCGCACCCCCACCGGACCCGAUACACAAUACAUCAGUCCCAUGGGCAAUCACGGAGCAGCAUUUGCACCUUUGCCGUCUUGGAGCGACGAGGACCAGUACCAACAUGGCCAGGAUUAUCCACGGCGCUCAAAUGAAAGCCAGAUGCCCAUGGUACCUCCUCCAUUGCGGGAGCACCCGGCAUUCCAUCAACAGCCUAUGUUGGCAGUAGGCACAGGAUUGACGCCCGUCGUCGAGGAAAGAUUCGAGGACUAUGAUGCUGGUAACGCUCACGGACGAGGGCGCGAGAUCGAUGAGUUCUCCCAGGCGUAUGCGAGUGCUAGAAUAGGAGAGACUUCAUCUCAGGAGGACUCAGAGCGAUGGCCUCUAGCGGCCGCAGCCAGCGCCAAUCCAAGCAACAGCAGCACAGGCGACCAAGGACGUGCUGGGUCAGAUUCGGAUGAGAUGGAGAGGCUGCCAAGCCCUUCUCGUGGUGGCCACCGACCUUUAUGGCAACAGAAUCGACAACAAAGUCGCAACAUGAUGUGGAUGUGA